AUCAUGUCGUUGAGAGGAUUUCGAAAGCCAGCACAAAAUGGGAAUGCAGAUGAUUCGAAGCUAUCACUUAUCCCUGGAAGGAAGCGAAUCCAGAUGAUGGGAGACAGUGACAGUGAGAGUGAGGCUUCUGCUACUCCUAUAAAGCCUGUGCAGAUCCCCGUAGUGGGUGCCGUGAAGGAGAAUGAGACGUCCACGGCUCCCGCUGCGUUAACUAUCAAAGAAAGAGAACUGAGACUUCAGUCCGUAAGAAGGGCCUGUAUGGAAGUCGAUGCAAUGCUGCUACAAACCGCUUUGCUGGCCAACGAUUGGGACGUCGACAAAGCUAUUGAAGAACUAAAAAAAUCGUCCGUUAAGCGCAAAAUUAUCGUAAGUCCAUCCGCUGUGAAACCAGCUGCCGUUGUACCGGUGGCCACUGGCACAAGUCGUAGCGAGCAGCCAGCAAAAAAGAGGCGAGUUCAAGAGUCACACAGGAGUGACGAAGAAAGUGACUACGAUUCGGAUCGUCCUACUCAGCUCGUUUUCGACAGCGAUGAGGAUAGUGAUGGACAUGGAGGUUACAGCCAUGGUAAAGUUUCCGCCGAACGGAAAGGUGUGCUGGAUUUCCUGAAUUCUGCUGCGCUGCACGAGAUGGUUUGCAUUAAAACGUUAUCGAUGAAAAAAAUCGAACUUUUACUAGAAUUGCGGCCUUUCAAAGAUUGGGGCAAUCUGGUGGAUAAGCUAAAAUCGCACCGAUCACUGCAGACCGAUAUUUUAAACUACACGCAAGAAUACCUUACACGCCGUAACAACAUAGCGAUGGUGAUGGGAAAAUGCAAGAAGAUUAUAAAAAAGCUAGAAGAGGCAAUCGCGUCCGGCGGCACGCUGGUCGAACAACCGGGAAACAUUCCGGAAGGGAUGAAGUUAGCCGAGUACCAGCUUGUAGGAUUGAACUGGCUAACGAUCAUGCAUCGCCACAAUAUGAAUGCCAUUCUGGCGGACGAAAUGGGUCUGGGGAAGACGAUCCAGAUCAUUGCAUUCCUCGCUUGGCUGAAGGAAAACGGUCAUCAGGAACGGCCGAACCUGGUGGUGGUACCUUCCUCUACCAUGGAUAAUUGGGAGCUGGAGCUUAUCAAGUGGUGCCCUUCGCUGGUCAUACUGAAGUACUAUGGAAGCCAGGCCGAGCGUCGUAUGGUACGCGUGGAUUGGGCAAAGAAUGGCAUAAACGAGAUAGAUGUCGUGCUGACCACGUACCACAUGAUGGGUGCAUCGGGCGAGGAAAGGAAAAUGUGGCGCGUAACACAAUUUGACUAUGUUGUGUUCGACGAGGCACACAUGCUGAAGAACGUUCACUCGCAGCGUUACCAAAAUCUGAUGCGUAUCAAUGCAAAGCAUCGUAUCUUGCUGACGGGAACGCCGCUGCAGAACAAUCUGCUCGAGCUGAUGUCGUUGCUGUGCUUCGUGAUGCCCAAACUGCUCGGCACAAAGGUGGACGACAUUAAAGCACUGUUCCAGGGUAAAGUGAAAACAAGCAAAGGAGAAAUAGAAGAAGAAUUAUCUUCGUUUGAAAAAAAUCAAAUUGAUCGCGCAAAGUUGAUCAUGAAACCGUUUGUACUGCGUCGCCUCAAACAAGAUGUGCUGCGAAUGUUGCCUCCUAAAACGGAUGUUGUUUUGAAAACCCCCAUGAUUGAUUCACAGCGAGAGAAAUAUAAUGAGAUUGUGAAUGAGUAUCAGAAUGCUACUGGGGUGAUUAAAGAUAACACAGAAAUUAGUGGAAUGUCCAUCAUGAUGCACCUCAGGAAACUUGCCAAUCAUCCCUUGCUAAUGAGGUAUCACUAUUCCGACGAGGAUGUACGCAAAAUGGCUACAAAGUUGGCUACCGAUCCGGAUUAUAAAGGUACCAAUGUGGAUGACAUUUUCUGCGACAUUGCUUACCUGUCUGAUUUCAAGUUGUUCCAAAUGCGUGACAAAUAUACCACAUUGUACGACUUACGGUUACCAGAGAAGUUGAUUACUUCUUCCGGGAAAUUCCGGCAGCUGGAUGAGCUAUUGCCCAAGCUGAAGGAGGAAGGACAUCGUGUACUGAUCUUCAGCCAGUUUACCAUGAUGCUGGAUAUCAUGGAAAAAUAUUUAAAAAUUCGCAAACACAGUUUUCUGAGGCUAGAUGGCUCAACAGCCGUUACCGAGCGGCAGGAGCUGAUCGAUCGGUACACGCAAGAUCCGAAUCUCUUCAUAUUCCUGCUGUCAACAAAAGCGGGUGGAUUGGGAAUAAAUUUAACUGCGGCAGACACGGUAAUCAUACACGACAUUGACUUCAAUCCGUACAAUGACAAGCAGGCGGAGGAUCGUGCCCAUCGAAUGGGUCAAAAGAAACCCGUUACGAUUUACAAGCUCAUAUCGGAUGGUACGAUCGAAGAAGGCAUGCUGAUGAUUGCGCAGCAGAAACUACAGCUGGAGAAGGAUGUUACCGAGCAGGAUGGCAAUAAUCAGGUGAACGAUCACAAAUGUAUGGUUGGAUUGUUAACGAUGGCGCUUGGCUUGGAUGAGAAGAAGGCCGAAACAAUACUCCAAAACGAGUCUCCCAUGAAAAAAACGAUGGAAGACGAGUUUUAAUU